CUCCCUCAUCAUUUGACAGCCUGACAAAACGCGGCUUCUCUCUCUCUCUCUCUCUCUCUCUCUUCCUGUCGUGCUCGCUCGCUCGCUGUCUCUUUCUCCCUGAGCUAAAAUUAGCAACACCCUGUUCGAAACGAGCUCGUUUCAAGAAAAAGAGAAACCGUUGAAAGGAAGGAGAGGACCCAUUUGUUCUUGGAGGUCGAUCGACUCGAUUCAAGAUUGAUCUCCGGCGAGUCCCGGCAAGAACACACAGAAGAAAGCCUUGCAAUGGCCCCCAACCCGUUUUCCUGCGGUUGCCUUCUGUUCUUCCUGUUCAUCGGCUUGGCAUCUUCCUCUUUCAUUCAUGAUGGCAUCUUUGAAUCUCGGGAAGCUGGUGGCCGUAGCCUUCUUCAGGCCAAAAAGAGUUGCUCUGUAGACUUCGAGAACCAGAACUACACAAUCCUCACGAGCCAGUGCAAGGGACCCCAAUACACAGCCAAGCUCUGCUGUGGAGCUUUCAAAGAAUUCGCGUGUCCCUUCGUCGAUCAAAUAAAUGACCUCACAACUGAUUGUGCUUCCACCAUGUUCAGCUACAUUAACCUUUACGGAAAAUACCCUCCAGGACUCUUUGCUAAUGAAUGCAAAGAAGGGAAAGAAGGUCUUGAUUGUAGCACGGUAGCACCAGCAACAGCACCUCCAACUGAUAAAGAGUCUCUCCAUGCGAGCGGAGGCAUGUUAGUGGCAAAACAGUCUUUGUCGUUGAUGUUCUUGGGUGGGUUUGUUGCGCUUCUGCUUCAGUUUUUCUGAAGUAAAUUGCCUUUGUAAAGAAAAUGUGAAGGUAUCGUCCUGCGGGCUUAUAUACUUUGUGCGGAUGUUGUGGCUUUUCCUCCCCAAUGCCAUAGAGAGCUGCUAUUCUUUUAUAAGAGAUGUCUUAAAUUAUGGCUAGAUAAUGCGACUGUGCAUAGCCUCUGCAGAUUGUAGUUCCAUUGUUUCACAGGGACGAUUGCAGAUGGCUUUGUUUCCCUCUUUUUGUUUGUAACUCAAAAUGUUUUGCCGAGUACCUCGUAUUUCCAACUUCACGUCGCACGUGACAUUCUUUG